AGCGCCUCCUAGCGGAACAGCCGCGUGCGUCUCAUGGGAAGUGAAUAUUAGCUGGAAACAUUUGUCGAGUUCACAGGACAGCGUUGACACAUACAUAUGGAAAAAUGUCUUGAGGAUGGUCGACUAAUAACCUGUCAGUCAUUCCUCUAAUGUUUUAGACACGAAUUACCAACUAAACACGCGCGAGGCGCAGAAGAAAGUGCGUUUGGUCAUGAUUUUCUCCCGAUACAGGCUUGUCAUGGUCAAACAUGAGCGCUGAGCGUCAGAAGCGCCGAGAGGAGAUUCGGAGAGCGCUGAGCUUCAUCAAAUGUUCUCUGCCUUAUCCGGACCCUGAAGGCUAUGAGGGGUUUGUGGUUCAGCUGGUGUGUGAUCUCUUAGACGAGGGCAACGCCGCCUUUCGAGACAGCGAGUGGACGCAGGCACGGGGUCAUUUCAGUGAGGGUGUCAAUGUGGCACUUUACGCUCAGGCCGAGGGGCUUCAUGUUCCCGCCGCCCUGCUGGAGAGUCUGUACAUCAACCGCGCGGCCGCCCAUCAGAACAUGGGUGAGUUUGACAGCGGGGUGAAUGAUUGUGACCGCGCUCUGGAGGUGUGUAAAGACAGCACUAAAGCGUUAUAUCGUAAAGCCGUGUGUCUGAGGGAGUCUGGGAAACUGAGAGAGGCGUAUGAGUGCAGCACUGCAUGUCUGCUGGCCUCACCUCAGGAUCAGACAGUCAGUAAUUUGUCCCAGGAAAUUGCAGCCAGUCUAGGCUUGAAGAACAGAAAAGCAUACAUCAGUUCUCAUAGGGGGGCGGCGGCAGGAUCUGAGGACGACGGGCUCAUUUCUCCACCUUUAGAUGAGAUCUCGUCUGUUGAGCUGGAGAAAGAGACCGACUCUGCAGCUGGCUCGUCUGAAUGGCCGUCUCCUGUCUUACCGGCCCCGGUCCCCGUGAGCGACUCCCAUGAGGCCCCGCGUCUGUCUGGAGCCGUGCCGCUGUCGGUGCCCGUGUCUCAGCCGCUGGAGGACAACGACCUGAUGGGAGACGAGCUGGACAGUCUCCUGGACUGCAUGUCUAAAGAGGAGGACACACCGCAGAGUGGAGUCGUUCCAACCGGUCUGGUGUGUUUCUCUUCUCCGACUCCUCGUCUUCCACCCGCGUUCUUCUCCUCCGUCGGGAGUCAUUUGAACUCUCUGGACACCUUCACUAAAACUGAGAUGAACUCUGACUCUUCCAGCUCCACUCUGGACGCGUUAGACUCCAUCUGUCCGUCCGCUGACACCGUUUCCCUGCAGCGCCCUCUAGUGGUGGGAGGAGACGCGCUCGAUUCGCUGUCUGAAUUCAGUCUGCCAGGUGGGAAAGUCUGUCAUAGUUUUCUGCCGUCUGUCAAACUGACAAACUCUUCUCAUACGAGGAACGGUCACAUGACCUCCAAACUUUCCUGUCUGUCCAAGAACCCACUGGAACAAACACAUGAAUUUACUCAAGCCUGCAGCACCUGCUUUACUUCUACAGGUCCAGGUGUGCUGGAUUUUGAGCUCAGAUCUGAUGUGAAUCACAGCUGUAAGAAGGAUCUUCUGUUGUGCAGACGGAGGGGUGGGGCCAACUCACCCUGGAGGCGGAUCCGGCCCCGCCCAACUCGCAACAACUUCCAGGCCGCCUUUGUGCUCUGCAGAGAGGUGUUGGAGAAUCAGGUGUGUAAGUACGGUGAGGGCUGCACGUUUGCAUAUUGUCAAGAAGAAAUAGACGUGUGGACGCAGGAGAGGCGGGGCUUACUCGUCAGAGAGCUGCUCUUCAAUCCACUGGCGACCAAUGAGAGACAAACACUCAGUGUCAUCAAACUCCUGAACAUACACACGGGCAUGUUUAUGUUCCUCUGUGAGGCCUGUUUUGACUGUAAACCCAGAAUGAUCAGCAAACGCUGGAAGGAGAAUCCUGCUCUGUGUGCCAACACUCAAACGCAACAUCAGUUUGACAAGAAGAAGUGUCUGGUUCACGUGGUGAAGAACAGCACUGUGAGUUACAGUAAGAUCCGAGCGUUGAGUUCUCACUGUCAGUUUGAUAUGUGUCGUCAUGAGCUCAGUUUGGGCUGUAAGAGGGAGGACGGCUGCUGCUUCGCUCACUCGCUCAUCGAACUGCAGAUCUGGAUCCUGCAGAGAGACUCUGAAAUCAGCCAUGAAGAGAUUGUGCAGGAGUCCAAAAAACACUGGAGCAAACAGCGUCCUGUGAUUGCGGCUUCACGAUCACCAAAUAAAAACACUGCAGCAAAACCAAGGAGUCCAAUCAGAGCAGAGCAAACGAAUGGGAAGGCGGGUCCUGUGCAGGGAACAGGAAGUGCUGAUGCAGCUGAGGUCAAAGGUCACAGGCUGGAGCUGAUGAUGAAGUUUGUGUGCGGUCAGUGCUGGAAAGAUGGGCUGCUCAGUGAACCGGACCGAGCGCUGAAAUACUGCACCUCUAAAGCCCGACACAGCUGGACCAAAGACAGGAGGGUUUUACUGGUCAGGUCUCACGAGAGGAAGAAGUGGGUCACGGUGCGACCUGUGCCUUUUGCCAAGACCUUUCCUCAACAAUACGACAUCUGCAUCCAUGUGCUGAAGCAGCGUAAAUGUCAUUACAUCGGGAACUGUACUUUCGCUCACAGUCAGGAGGAGAAGGAGCUGUGGACGUACAUGAAGAACAACGGCUUCACGGACAUCCAGCAGGUGUUUGACGUCUGGCUCUCCAAUCAGAACAGAGCAUCUGACGGCACGUCACCGCCUCAGCCAGUAGAAGAGAAGCAGAUCACCAUGCCGACGGACUUUGCUGAACCAAUGCCGGACAGUUUCUACUGCCCUCUGUGUGGUAAACACAGUAACAGUGACCGGCAGUGGCAGCAGCACAUCACCACAGAGAAACACAAGUACAGGGUGUUGAGCGGAGAGGGAGAAGACGAGAGUCUGUCCUGGUCCUAUCGCUUCCCUGGACCCUGUUUCUCCAUCUGCCCCAGGUUGGCUGAUGGUUGUACUGAAGGCUUGAGUUGUGACUUCGCUCACAGUGAGGAGGAGCUUCAGGAGUGGCACAGACGGAGGGAUUUUCUGCGCAGGAGGUUAGACAAAGCCAGAGCCGACAUGCUGAUCUCUGAAACUGACAAUGACUUUGGGAUCUACAACUUCCUGCUUCAGAACUAAACAAACAAGAACACAUUUGUACUGAGUCUGUGAGAGUUUGAUUAGGUGAGAGUUACUGUGAGAGUCCUGAUGAGUGUUUGCAUGUUUUAAUGAAGCUGAAAAAUGUUAACCUCCAGACUGAACUUGUGUAUAUCAUCCAGACGUGACCCAUAUGUCUGUGAAUGGAACAAUUUUUGAGAAACAAAAUGGUGGAUGCAGUUCAAUACAUUAAUUUGACUGUCUGGAGUGAUUCUGGAUCUUGUGAACUGUUGAUCGUUAGUGUUCAUUCUGUUCAUACACUGAAUAAACGUUUCAUCUGUUAGACAGCGAUCAGGACACUGUCUUUCAGUUGUUGAUUUGUCCAGGACUUCAAUAAGACGAGCACAGAAGUGUUAUUUUUGUAAGUUUGUUUUAUUCUUCACUGUUUAUACAAGAAAAUGAAACGUUAAACAUAUUGAUCAUAUUAUUAUGUAAUACAUUAUUUUAUGAAAUAUGUUUUUUUUUAGUAGGUAUCUGUUUUUUGAAUAAAUGACUAUGUAUGUAUUCUCUAGUUCUCUGUUCUGAACCCAAUAUUUCACCGUUGAAAUUGAUGUGAAUCAGUGGAAAUGGAUCAGAAAUCUUGUCAAAUGUGUUUAAUAGUUUCAAAUACAUUUUUCAUGUGCA